AUUUCACUCUAAAAUCCCAAAGCCAGGUAAAGCCUAAUUGUCCGUUUUACUGAUAGAGAAAUCAAGGCACUAAAAAAAAAAAAAAAAAAAUUGAGUCAGUGGGUGCUUGGAAGAAUAAAGUGGCAAUUAUGGUCUUUUUCAUUUCUGUGAGCUUCUAGGGUAGGUUCCCAUGGUAGACCUUAGCAGAAACUCAGAUGACCUAUAAUAUAUGACAUGGCUGGUGUUGAAAACUCCAUGAAUGUCCUGGCCGGCUCUUCAGCCACAGUGGGUUCAUCUCCUGCCCACUUUCUUUGGUGCGGAGAUGACCAGCACAAGCCUGUCUCUGAAAAAUCUUCGGGACUGAAGCUUUGUUUAAGGGGAGAUAGGUGCAGCUCAGCCACCUUGAGUUUACACCCUGUUCUCUGAUUCCUCCUCUCCCUUAUCACAGUGAUGACUGCACCUUCUUUGUCAGGGAGGCAGGGGGCAGCAUGGGGUAUGUAGAUGGUACAGUGCAGAGGCAGGGCAGACAUGUUCUCCAGGACAAGAAACACCUCUCACUGAAAGACUUUUCAAGACUUCAUCUCUUCAAUCGGGUUCAAGCUGAGGCACUGAAAGCCAUUAUUUCUAGAAAAAUCACAUACUUUCCUCCUAAGGUUCCCUUUGAUUUUGUGUUUGUGGAAAGCAACAGCCAAAGAGAAAAAUUUUAACAGUGAUAUUUCAGUUGUAGCCUGAGUCGGGCAAACACGAGCCCCAAUUCUCUUCCUCAUCUUUCAGGUCUCAGCAGGCCCUGACCUCUCACUGCACAAUUCAGAGCUUGGCACUCAGCAGGCAUUCAAUAAGUGUCUGUGCCAAGUGAAAACAACUUGCUGGGGCAAGUAGGAGUCAAUCCUUGUGCAUCUCUCCCUCCUUUUUUUCCUCCCCAUUUGGCUUUUAGGGUUCUAGUUUCCUGCAAGUAGUUAAUUAUUCAUGUCUGCUCAGAGGUAUCAAAUUGGCCCUUCCCAGGUUACGACUAAGGUGGGACAGGGAGGUGGCUUUGUUCAGAGUCUGUAAAUAGGAGGAGUAACCUCCUUGUUCAAAUAACACUUACAAGUGGGUGACUAUUUUUGCUAAGUCAUCCUGGGGAUGCUCAAAGCCCCAUUCUGAGAUCCUUUCUUUCCUCCUUCCUGGUUCAUUCCUUCUUCCCCUCCCUUUAAUAGGCCCUUAAGUGGGCUCCCUCCACUCUGCAGGGCUCACUCUGUGCUGUUACCAUGACUCACAUUGCCAAGUCCUUCUACGACCUAAGUGCUAUCAGCCUGGAGGGGGACAAGGUAGAUUUCAACACAUUCCGAGGCAGGGCAGUGCUGAUUGAGAAUGUGGCCUCGCUCUGAGGCACAACCACCCGGGACUUCACCCAGCUCAACGAGCUGCAAUGCCGCUUUCCCAGGCGCCUGGUAGUUCUCGGCUUCCCUUGCAACCAAUUUGGACAUCAGGAGAACUGUAAGAAUGAGGAGAUCCUGAACAGUCUCAAGUAUGUCCGCCCUGGAGGUGGCUUCCAGCCCACAUUUACCCUUGUCCAAAAGUGUGAGGUGAAUGGUCAGAACGAGCAUCCUGUCUUCGCCUACCUGAAGGACAAGCUCCCCUACCCUUAUGAUGACCCACUUUCCCUCAUGACCGAUCCCAAGUUCAUCAUUUGGAGCCCUGUGCGCCGCUCAGAUGUGUCCUGGAACUUUGAGAAGUUCCUUAUAGGGCCGGAGGGGGAGCCCUUCCGACGCUACAGCCGCACCUUCCCUACUAUCAACAUUGAGCCUGACAUCAAGCGCCUCCUCAAAGUUGCCAUAUAGAUGUGAGCUGUUCAGCACACAGAUCUCCCACUCCAUUCAGUCCCUCAGUAUCCUUCCUUAGGAUUCAGUGUGCCCUCAGGGCUAAGCUUUCCCUUGAGAUCAUUCUGCUUCACUGAAGAGCCUGCCUUUCCAGUCUGCCUAUUUCCUUUCCCUCUCCUAACCCUCUGGUUGCUGAUUCAACAUAGAACUCCAAGACUUGGGUAGGCUCUGGACCU